GACAGAUGUGUCGGUUUCUUUUGACUUGACGGCUGACAUGAAACAAAAACAAAAAACAGUUUCCAAUAAUGUCUCUCGCAAAAUUUUAAUGAAAUUUCCCCAAAACAACGUUUGGUGACAUUUUUUUAAGCAGUGGACAUUUCUUUGAUGCCAAGCACUGCAUUGUUAUUGCACGCUGGAGGAUGACUACCACAAUCCACUAGUUCAUUGCUUUACACAUAAGUAAAACUCACAGCAAAUGGAGUUGGAGUUACAAGACACUUUUUUGGGUGACGUGGAUGAACCAUCCCUUCAUAGUUCCAAGCAAGCACUCACAGCGCCAAGUAAAAGGAAAAAUGAUAAAAUACAAGAUGAGAAAUCUUUGGAGUUGCAAGCGCGGGAAGAGAAGGAGGCUGCGGAGAGUGUGGCGGCCAUGCUGCUGCGGUCGUACGACCCCAAGAUGCUGGGGGAGGACGACACCUCGCAGCCGACUUCGCGCACCGCCCCCAUCAUACCCAUAGAGGGCGUGCGCAAGAAGAAGAAGAGAAGGAGAUCCCAGAUCUCAAUUUGCCUAACAAACUGCCGAUACGAGUCGAUCCGGAAAGUGGCGAGCGCGUUCGGCAUGCGGGAGGUGUCCGAAGAGGAGGCGUGGAACUUCUACUGGACGGACAUGAGCGUCUCCGUCGAACGAGCCAAGGAGAUGAAGAGGUUCCAGCGCAUCAAUCACUUUCCCGGCAUGUUGGAGAUUUGCAGGAAGGACCUGCUAGCACGAAACUUGAACCGAAUGCAAAAAAUAUACCCGAAAGAAUAUAAUUUCUUCCCCAAAACUUGGUGCUUGCCGGCCGAUUUUGGAGAGGCCCUGAACUACAGUAAAUCACGCAAAAACAAAACGUUCAUUAUAAAACCUGAAUGCGGGAGCCAGGGUCGAGGUAUAUACCUUACCAAGUCAUUGAAAGACAUCAAACCUACAGACAAACUUAUUUGCCAGGUGUACUUAUCGAAACCAUAUUUAGUAGACGGAUACAAGUUCGAUAUAAGAGUAUAUACCCUUAUAACAUCCUGCGACCCGCUUAGGAUAUUUGUCUACAACGAAGGGCUUGUCAGGUUUGCGACGAGCCGGUACGCGGACCCGAACGUGAACAACACGACCAACGUGUUCAUGCACCUAACCAAUUAUGCCCUCAACAAACACAGCCGCACUUAUGUCUACGACUCCGAAGCUGGGAGCAAACGCAAGAUAUCGACGUUGAACAAGAUUCUGGUGUCGCAAGGCGUGGAUUUGGACCGCCUGUGGCACUCGAUCGACCAGGUGAUCGUCAAGACCAUCAUCUCCGCCUGGCCCAUCCUCAAGCACAGCUACCACGCCUGCUUCCCGUCCCACGACAUGGUACACGCGUGUUUCGAAAUACUUGGCUUCGAUAUUCUACUUGACCACAAACUACAUCCGUAUAUACUGGAAGUGAACCACUCCCCGAGCUUCCACACGGACACGCAGUUGGACCGCGAGGUGAAGGAGGGCCUGUUGACGGACACCUUCACCAUGCUCAACAUCUGGCAGUGCGACAAGAAACGCGUGCUCGAGGAGGAUCGCCGGCGCAUUAGAGACCGGCUGCUGCAGACUAACAAAUAUGCAGAGUAUACACCUUUAGAAGAAAAAGAGCCUGAGAAAAGUCCAUGGCAAACACAGAUCCAGUGGGAGGAAACACAUCUUGGAAAUUUCAGACGCGUGUACCCAGUGGGCGAGCAAUACGCGUCUCUGUUCCAACAGCCGUCGGGUUCACUUUACACUGGCACGGCGUCGUCACGCGCUCGUGGCGACUGUACCAGAUUACAACGUGAAGAGUUCCAGCAAACGAAAGCCAAAGCGGAAGCGAUGAAAAAACCAUCGCAACCAGCAAAAUCGGAUAAGAAAGACAACGAAAAGAAAGCGGGGGAAGAGGCGACUGUCGCUUCGAGCACGGCGGAUAAGUGUGAUAAGACUGAGAAGUCCAAGGGUAAGGCCCGCGCGGAAAGGGAACAGAAACGCAGGGAGAUGAGAGAGAAAGAGGAGAAGGAAAGAGAGAAGAAUAAGCUGUCAGCGAAGCCGUCGCAAGCUCUUACGCCGGUCCCGGAGAAAGAGCAGAAGCCACCUUAUGUGCUGUGUUCGUUCGAGCCGGACCCCAUCGUGGAGAAGGAGGAGCGGGAGCGAGUCAACCUGCUGGCACAGCGGGACUUCCUCAUACGCAGCUACGGCAUGCUAGAACAAAUAUAUUUAGUAAUGAAAAAAAUGGGAACUUUAAGGCCAGAAGACGAACGCAAAUACGGCGUAUACGGACGUCUUGCUGUUGUUUCAAAUACGCCCAAGACCGCCAUUAUGAAGAGCAAAAAACAAGAUAAGCACAAACCAAACAACUAUGGCGAUCACUUGGAUGAUGCGCUGCGCGUGGUGUGCCGCGACGCAGUGCUGAGCUCGCGGCCCGCGCGCCCGCCGCCACACCACGCGCGCUGCGCCUACACCGUCUGGAGCCUCAGCCCCUAUGUGAGCCCCACAGAUGCAUGCCUCCAAGUGAGCAAACUGAGACAUUGUAGCGACUGACGAGUGCCGUUGUUGUGUUCAUGAACUGUGCCUUUCAGACUUUGCUCUAUCGAGUUAGUGUUAAAAUAUGCCAAAUGUAGUUGUAACUAUUUCGACGGUACGAAUUAUCGAUGUUAGUCUCCAUUUAAUUAUAUUAUUACUCCCAACUUAAUACUUUAAGCCUUUUUAAUACAUUUUUAACCUGUAAAUCUUUUUCUUAGAACAUCAUUGAGCAGUCUGCCUAUAAGGCUGUUCAGCAAAUUUUAGUGAGAAUAAAAAUAA